AACAAAUCUUUGGUUCCUAGAUCCUCCUUCCUUCCAUGGCUACUCUUUCUGAGUAUUCAUCUCCUUGGCCAGACCCCAAUCCAGAUCCCAAUCUCAAUUCCAAUCCUAACCCUAACCCUAACCCUAAUUCUGAUUUCAUUCCUUCCGACGACCAGCUCCGUAACCUUGAUUCUUAUUCUUCAAUGUCUCAGGACCAAUCCGACCCUUUUUCUCCUGCUAUUCCCAAUACCAACCCCAAUUUUCACACCCCGCUUUCUUCCCCUAGCGAAUCCACCUCACCUGCAUCAGCGCCGCCGCCAUCCCUCCUUCACCUCUCCUUCAACCAAGACCAUGGCUGUUUCGCUGCCGGCACCGACCACGGCUUCCAGAUCUACAAUUGUGACCCUUUCCGGGAGAUAUUUCGUCGAGAUUUUGACCGCGGUGGAGGGAUCGGAGUCGUUGAAAUGCUUUUCCGAUGCAAUAUAUUAGCCCUUGUUGGUGGUGGACCGGACCCACAAUAUCCCCUUAAUAAGGUGAUGAUCUGGGACGACCAUCAAAGCCGUUGCAUCGGUGAGCUGUCGUUUAGGUCAGAGGUUCGAUCGGUGAAACUCCGUCGUGACAGAAUCGUGGUGGUUUUGGAACAGAAGAUAUUCGUGUACAAUUUCGCAGAUUUGAAGCUGUUACAUCAAAUUGAAACCAUUUCAAAUCCGAAAGGGUUAUGUGCGGUGUCUCAGGUGACUGGGUCGUUGGUGUUGGUGUGUCCUGGGCUACAGAAGGGACAGGUUAGGGUGGAACAUUACGGUUCCAAAAGGACAAAGUUUAUUAUGGCUCACGAUUCAAGAAUUGCGUGUUUCGCGUUGACUCAAGAUGGACAGUUGCUUGCAACGGCCAGUACCAAAGGAACCCUUGUUCGCAUUUUUAAUACUCUUGAUGGUACCUUGCUGCAAGAGGUGAGGAGGGGCGCUGAUAGAGCGGAGAUUUAUAGUCUGGCCUUCUCUUCAAAUGCCCAAUGGCUGGCAGUCUCAAGUGAUAAGGGCACUGUCCAUGUUUUCAAUCUUAAGGUUAAUUCUGGAUCCCCAAGAACUGACAAUCAACGAACUUCAUCUGAUCCCAGUUUUACCUCAUCGCCUACCUCAUCCCUCUCUUUCAUCAAAGGGGUGUUGCCCAAGUAUUUCAGCUCAGAGUGGUCAGUGGCUCAGUUCCGCUUGGUUGAGGGUUCUGCAUACAUUGUUGCCUUUGGUCACCAAAAGAAUACAGUGGUAAUCCUUGGCAUGGAUGGAAGCUUCUAUCGAUGCGAAUUUGACCCGGUUAAUGGUGGAGAAAUGACGCAAAUUGAAUAUCACAACUUUCUAAAGCCAGAAGCAGUGUUCUGAAAGGCUAUUUGAAAUCUGGAUAUCUAGGCAAUAUAUAAAGUAUAUUUUUACCUUAACUCUCUUUUUUCACCUGUUCAUGUAAUCUAGAGGUGUAUCUUAAUGGAAAAUUUAUAUGAUACCUUCAUGUAUCGAUACUGGAACCUUAAGGAUCACUGGAUAAAGGUGGAUAAGGCUGAGGUAACCCUUAUCACCAGUGUCAAUACUGUAUGGUAUUGUAGAGUUGCCUCGUAUUAUGUUGUUCGAUGUAAAUACGAGUAUAUAUACCUGUAAAAUCUGCCACUCAAUUAACUUUUUUU